AUGAAGGCGGGCACCGUGCAGAUUGCCUGGCACGGCUGUGACCCAGUGCUCUCUGCCGACUUCCACCCGGUCUCUGGUUUGCUCGCCACUUGUGGCGCCGACAAGGAUAUCAAAGUAUCAGUCAUUUCUCUUUGCUCUCUCGCUCAAGCUCUCGGCUUCCUGUUUGCAGCUCUGGUCCUUUUUCUUCUCUCUAUCUCUCUCCGGUUAACUCCCUACGCAGGUGACGCCCUUGCAUCCGGUGCCGGCGAGCGAGCCUCCAGGUCCCACUUGAACGACGUGCACGACUUGGGCUGGUCAGCCGAUGGAUUGAUGCUUGCGUCUGGAUCUGUGGACAACUCCUGCGUUGUCUGGGACAUGACCAAGUAUGAACCCCUGCAAGUUAUCAAGGAUCACGCACACUACGUACAAGGGGUUGCGUGGGAUCCGAUUGGCUACUACCUGGCGUCCAUGAGCUCGGACAGGACAUGCAGGAUAUAUUCCCGAUCACAAACACCGGGGACAAAGGCGUUUACUUGUCAACGUGUUAUUUCGAAAGCGGAUUUUCCCACUGGGGACAGCAGCGGAGAUGACAUCAAGGUGGGCGUGUCUUCACAAGGCCAGCGUCAACGCAGCAUUCGCUUUUUCAAGGAGAGACUUGUCCAGGUGACUUAG